UCGAUUUAAAUGACCUAGACUCUAUUGCUAAUAUGCAUCAUAAUAUUGGACGUUGCUAUCGCGAGCAAAAAAAUUAUCUAUAUUCUAUCAAACAUUACAUACAAUCAUUAACUAUAUAUAACGAAUUCGGAACCAUACAAAAAGGACAUACGAUUCCGGCUUUAUGUCUGUAAGCGACAAUUACGUACAGUGAGCAUUUGCUCGUACGAAGUCCCUAAGGCUUUAUUUCAGGUAAGUUUACGCAGGGCAAUCAAAGGCAUACUUCCUAUAGUUCAACAAAAACUUUUUACACAAACGUUUGCUGAGAAAGCUGCGAUAUUCAACUACACCUUACUCACAGUUGCCUGUCAGCGCCAUAGAUUCGUCAUAAAUUAAUUUAUUUUCUAACAGACUGUAGAUACUUUUCUAGGACUUAAUAGGUUUCAAGUUGUGAUAUUUUUGUCGUUAUGACAGGAUGUAUCAGCUUUUGAGUAAAACGUGACGCAACGGAUAUUAAAAGUGAUGAAAAAGUAUUUAUGAGAGUCCACUGAAUCUGAGAAAAGAAGAUAGAUAUAAAUGUUUCAAAACUUCUGGCAGAUAAUUGUUCUGCGCGGAUAGUCGACGCAUGCGAGCAUCAUGGACUAAUGUCGAUGAAUAGGGACAUACUGGAAGUGCACAGUGGGAAUCCAGAAGGACAUUUAACAAAAAAUCGAAAGUACACUUCUCCAAAAUUCAAAUAAUAUUACGUAUAGUUCAAUCAAUGGGCUAUCGAAUGGUAUAAAAAUUUUAGUUGCACUUUUUGGAAAACUGUAUCCUUCAACAAAUGUCUGAAAAGUAGAGACCUCUGAGAAAAAUAGGUGUUUUUAGUAAACUCAGUGGUCUGAAGUUUAUAAAGUUUACAUAUUCUGAAUCUACACAUCCUCCUAUACAAAACUGGAAAAAAUAUCCUUUCUAGGCUUGUCAAAUAGGAGAAAAAAAUUCGACUUCCAGACUAAGUCUGUUUCGAAAGAAGUUCUUAUUUUUUAAUGAGUUUCUCCACUUCUUCCCCCGUCCAAUCUGACUCAAUAUUAUACCAAAAUGUUGGCGUCAUUUCUUCUAUCAAUUGUGAAUGCGCAUAUUUAUCAAAGUUAAGCUAUAGGUUUUUCAAAAAACCCUGAGUUUUGAGGUAUUUUCCAUUUUGCUCAGCCGAAAAAUACCUUCAUUGAAAAUUAAUGUGAUAUUUGGAAUCAGCAUUAAAAACUGCAUCGAAUGAUCUAUAACCUGUUAAUUUUACAAAUAAAAUAUUUUGGACAAAAAUUCAGGGCAAGGGUGUUCCUAAGAAAUCUUUUAUCAAAAAAUGUUUUUUUCCUUUUAUUAAUAUCUAACGCAUAAUAAGAUCAUAUUAUGCGAAAAUAAUCGUUUUUUAACGCAAAAACUGUGAAGUGGGAUGGAUUUCGACCAGACAUGUGCGGCGAUAAAAAAAUUUCGGUGGCGGCGAAUGAAAUUUUUACCGUAGGCGGCGGCGGCGCCAGGCAAUGAAAAUUCCCUGCACCUUCGACGGCGGCGGUGCGAGGUUAUGGAAAUGUCCUCUGCCUUCGGCGGCGGCGUCUAAAAAUUGGUUAUCAGCGGCGAAUCUCAUAAUUUAAGUAAAACAACAUUCUUUUUCAUUUCUGGCUCGUUCUUCGCGCGCCAACUGUAUCUGUACGUUGCGUAUACUAAAAGAUAGAAACGCGCUGCACGCUAGAAGCCUAAGGUAAGAAUGUACUAACAAAAAUAGUCAAAAUUUUUACAAAAAAAUUUCUGUCCUCCGCGGCGACAAAAGUUUAACGGCAUGGCGGCGGCGAUGACGGAAGUCGCAACAAUUUUUCUCCACCUUGGGCGGCGGUAGCGUGUAAAAAAUGACCGGCGCGGCGGCGCACGUCUCUGAUUUCGACUACAGAGAUGUGACAACACAAAGUUUAGAAGAUAAAAAGUUCUAUUGAUCUGAGCGAUCGAAUAGAGAGACUGAUCGAUGUCGCGCAGAAGAGAAGGAAUCAUCAGACUCCUGCUUAUUCUAUCCAACAUCCUUUUUCAAUGACCCGUUUUCGAAUUCUUUAGGCAGAUAUGAAUUACAUCAGGCUAUGGGUAAAGUUUAUACUGAAUUAAACAAUUACCCUAAAUCAUUUCAACAUUUCUAUGAAGCAUUAUCUAUAAGACAAAGCGAAUUCCCUAACAAAUAUUAUUCUAAUAUAGGCAUCGAUCGUUCAAUUACUCGUAUUUAUCUUAAAACCGAACAAUUUAACUUAGCUAUUAAGCAUUGUAAAAAACUUUUAGAAUUCAAAGAUUCUAUUAGGCCUGAUAAUGGAACAAAAUUUGCAUUAUUAAAUCAAUUCAUUGGUUGGCUAUGUUAUAAAAAUGAACAAUAUGAAUUAGCAUUUCAAUAUUGUACAAUAGCAUUAAAUAUUUAUAAUAAUCAGGUUGAUACUCAUGAACUCGAUUGUAUAACAGUUUUGAAUUAUUUAGGAAAUAUUGCAUUAAAAUUACAUCAAUAUGGCAAAGCAUGGAAUUACUGCACAACAUCGAUGACAAGACUUGAGAUGGUCAACCAAGGAGUGAAGUACAAACUAAUUGCCAAUCAUUAUGAAUUAUUUGGUAAUAUUUCUUUCAACUGUAAUGAUAAAAUACUCGGUUAUAACUGUUAUAGACGAGCACUUGAAAUUUUAUCAACAAUAAAACCAGUUCCACAUAAUGAUAUAAAACGUGUGCGACAAUCAUUAAAUCGAUCAAACUAUUCACUCCUUCAUAUCUUCAAUACACCAGCCCCUAUUGUAUAA